UUAAUGCGCGGGCAGGCGGGGCGCGGCCGCCGCUCAAAGCCGGUCACGACGCCCGCGCCGGCAUGUGAGCGAGCGGGUUGUGGACUAGUGGCUGGCGGUGCUACGCGGAGCCCCGCUCCCCACGGAGAGACUUCGGUAGGCGGUAGCUAGCCUCACCGGUGCAUCAGCUCCGCUCGACGUCGUGCGCGCGGGCGGAUGGCGGUGGCGGACUCCACGGCCGUGACCGUCGACUUCCUCCGCGCGCGGCUGCUCUCCGAGCGGUCCGUGUCGCGCGCCGCCAAGGAGCGCGCGGACGAGCUCGCCAAGAGGGUCGCGGAGCUGGAGGAGCAGGUCCGGGCGGUGACGGCGCAGAGGCGGCAGGCGGAGCGGGCUGCCGACGAGGUCCUCGCCAUCCUCGAGUCCCAGGGCUUCGGCGGCCACCUCUCGGACGACGACUCGGACUCCGACCAGGAGGGCGACGCCAGGAGCCGCGGCGACACGGCCCGCGCCCCGGGGGAGGAGGAGCAGGCGGCGGCGAAGUGCGAGGCGGAGGACGCGCUGUCCGGGACGGCCCAGCCCGCCGGCGGGCUGUCGUGGAAAGGCCGCAGCGUGAGCCCGCACAAGGCCACGCAGCUCAAGCACAAGGAGAGGCGGAGGAGCUACUUCUACUUGCUCUCCUCCUCCGAUUCCUCGCCCAAGUACCGGAUGGGGCAGUCGUGCCGCAAGAACAAGCGGCGGAUAGAGCUGAGCAAUGGCAGCAGAUCCGCGGCACCGGAAGAUGACGGUAGCGGCGCAGGGAGUCAGAAGCGGCGGCAAGAUGGGUCGGACGUCACGGACGAUGGCCAGGCGGACGUGAACGGCGAGGUGGUUGGAGAUGAGCAGAGUUCAGGGGAUGGAGGAGGUGGCCAGUACGUGAUCAGGUAUGAGAAGGAUGGGGAGAUGGAGAGGGUGCUGGAGAGGCAGGCAGAGCUGAUAGGACAGUACGAGGAAGAGGAGAAAGCUCAAAGGGAGUGGGAGAAACGGUACAACGAGAACAGGAAUGCAAAUAAGGUUGGUGUGGAGGUCAAGAAUAAGACAUAUCAGACAGAUGCAAAGUCUAAAUCAAGUAAAAAGGACCUCCCCACCACCACCAACCCAUCUGCUCAAUGUCUGCCGGAUGGUUCCUUUUCAAAAUCGCCCCAAAACGCAUCACAAGAAACCGGUUCCCAGCGGCGUGAAGCAGGCAACGAGCCUGAUCACGGUCGUGCGCCAACCUCCUCCAUUUCAGCACAGGAAAGCUCCACUGUCACUAAGCAAGAUGAAGACCGCGGAGACCUAAUCUCAGACGGCGAUUCAGGCUACAAUUCGAACGCCGAGCGCUGCGCCACCAAAGCACCAUCAGACUGGAGCUCGUCGCAGUUCCAUGACAACACAGACAGCCAAGCUGACACGCAGCCGUAUCGACCGGCGUCAAGCAACAUUGCGGAUAUAGAGAGUGUCCUGCAGGCGCUUCAACGUGCCAGGAUAUCCCUAAGCGCCAAGCUGAGCAAGCCGGUUCCUCCCAGCCAGGUGACCUUGGCGCUCCCGGCACCGGGGGACGAUCACAAAGACUACGACGACCUGCCGGCCAACGAUGACGAUAACUCGUAUGGAGAAAACCUCAGCAGCUCAAGCCCAGCUCGUCAGGAGAUACUGGCGCUCCCGGCACCAGAGGAUUACCAUGAAAGGUUGGAUUGGCCACCGGAGUUGGACGGCGCUGCCAUUUCACAAGCAGAGAUUUUGGCGCUUCCCGCUCCAGGAGACGAUUGCCGCAAGGAGAUCGAGGAUUACACGAAGAUCCCUGUCGGCACUCCCGGUUUAUUCCGGUUGCCAACAGACUCAUUUCCAGUGGAUGAGAAGAUGUUCUCAGGUAAUGCCUGCGGUUCAGGGUUUAGUUUGGGGGCAGCGGCUCUACUUGCCACCAGCAUUUUCAGCAAUCCUCCUGCUUCUUAUGGUGCCGGGACAUCAGUUCCAUCUGUUUCGGGAGAUGGGUCAGGGUUUUCAGCAAAGCAGCGCUGUGAUCUUCAGACUCCUGCGCUUCUCCCGGUGCCUACUCCUGGUAGGUGCAACAUUCCCACCCCAGAUUUUACAGUUGGGUGUGCUCCUCCCCUUCCUGGAAUUCCAGGACAUGAGCGAGAUCUGAGGAGAGCAGGGUAUCUUGGGAGUGCAGAUUUGUUCAUGCAGCGUGGUAUCGAUUACACCAUAUCCAAUAGGUGGAUGUUGUAAGCUGUAGCUAUACCAUGUCCUUUUGUUGAUGUCUUCGUUUGUUAGCAUUUGUGCCAUUGUGUGGCUGUGGUUCGGUAAAGCAGUAUAGAAGUGUGUUCUGCAGACUGCAGUAACGUAGACUGUAGUACAGCAUACCACAGCACUUCUCUGCUUGCAAGCAGAAGCACUGAGAAUUGUAGUAGUGGAGACCUCAGCAACUGCAAUGUUGUGGAAAGGUACUUGAGGAUCAGCGAAGGUAACUUUGCACCCCA